CACCCUAUUCUCUUACCAGGAUGCUGGCAUUUCAAAGACUUGCCCCAACUAUUGGUAUCGUAGUUGAUCAUCGCCUUAAGAACAGAUCCCUUGAAGGUCUUCAGGCCAAUGUUCAGAGGCUUAAGACCUAUAAGGCCAAGCUUGUUGUCUUCCCAAGGCGCGCGCUCGCAAGUUCAAGGCUGGUGAUUCUACUGCUGAGGAGCUUGCAACUGCAACUCAAAUCCAAGGACCAUACAUGCCUAUUUCUCGUGAGAAGCCUUAUGUCUGUAAUCACCAUUUUUAAAAUAACAGCAGCCCGUCCACGUUACAGCUUCACUCGACGGUUCCAGCAGUUUCCAGAGGAACACCAGUUGUCCCUCCACGUCGGUAGCUCUACCACAAUAGUGUUCCAGUUCCUUCCAGCAACACAAGCUAUUCCCUGCUCUAUUAAGUAG